AUGUCCCAAACUGAAGUUCCGGAACCAAAGGUUAUCAAUGGCCCCAGGCGCCAUGUUCUAACAGAUAUAUAUCUUCAUUUGGGCGCUGCAGUACUACGAAACCUUGUCUGGUAUCUGAACGCUGGAGAUGGCAAAGAUUUCGACGAGAUAAUAACAGUACCAACGCCAGGGCUCGGAACAGGAUACGUUCGAAUCGCGAUUUGCAAGCCCCCGGCCCCCGAAGCCGCUACAAAUAGUCAAGAAAGACCACUGUUGCUGGUGCUUGAGGGUGGCGGCUUCAUAUUGGGCCAGCCGGAGGAUGGGCAGAAGCAUGACCGGAAGUUGGCAGAUGAGGUGAGAUCUCCGCUUUUCUCUCACGUUCACCGGCCUUGUAUCGCAGGCUGUCUAUUCUGCGCCCCAGGAUCUGCGAUCCGGCUAACUGAGCAGCUCGGUGCCAUUGUCAUCUCAAUCGACUAUGCAAAAGCGCCCAAAUAUCCAUACCCACACGCACUGUUGCAAGUAUAUGCAGUCCUCCGAUGGGCUUUCUCGCAGGACGCCGAAAAGCACGGCAUCAAAGCUGAUCCUCGCCGCGUCGCGAUACAUGGGAACUCGGCGGGUGGGAACCUGACUGCAGUCUUAUCAUUGCUGCUCUCGUUCUCAACAGGGCCAUGCGCUCGGUUCCGGCAAGAGCUGCCUCCCAACUUCAAACAGGUGGCCCAAAUUCUACUCUAUCCCAGCACCGAGCAGUAUCAGUCAUAUGCUGCACGAUUCCAGCGGACUGAUGCAAAAGCCAAGUCCCGAAGCCUUCCUGUCGGGGUCUGCGAGCUCAUGGAAGAUUCUUAUAUACCACCGUACAUUGAUCGGAACCAGAUGUUUGUCGCUCCGUUGGCCACGCCCACAAAGCUGUUGAAAGAUCUUCGACCGCCACCUGCACUCGUACUGACUGCCGGUCUGGAUUGCCUCAAGGAGGAAGCCAUGGCGUACGCGUAUAAGCUUCGCGAGACGGGUGUGGGUGUUGAUAUUCAUGAGUACUCCGAUGCCAUUCACGGCUUCUCCCACUAUACCAGCGGGAAAGACUACAGGAAAGAGGAUGUCGACGACUGUUGGAAGAGAAUAACUGAGGCUUUGAGGACGUCGUUUUUGCCGUAA